GAGUCACUCAUGAUCAAAACAUAAACAAACCGGUGUGUAAAGCAGUGUUGAUAUAAAUUCGUUCUGGGAAUGAUUUUUCAGAAAGUAUAUUUGUAUUAAAUGAAACAAAGAUAACUGUUCAUACUUUUCUUUAUUGUUUGUGAAAAUUUUAAUAAUUAAUUUGAUUUAUAAACCAUGCAACGAGAAAAAUCAGAAAAAGUCGAUCCUAAAAGUAAAAAAAAACCGGCAUUAGUGAGAUCAAAAAGCCAAGCUAGAGUGAUGACCAUGAGAAACAUAACUGGAUCUAAACUAAAUGUUCAAGUAGAUUCAGGAACAGUAAGAGCCCGAGCAAAGAGUUUUUCUUCAGCAUCAGAUUUAAAGAAAAAACAAAGUAAAGUGGCUUUUGGCACUACUGUUAAUCCAUUAAGUCGUCCAGAAUAUAAUACUACCAUUCGAACUAUCAAUAAGCUUGAAGAAGUUAAAAGAGAAAAAAUUGUAAUUGAACUCGAUAGUUUACCAUCGCCUUAUAAAAGCCAGGUCUUGAAAAAGGUAUCAAGUACACUUAAUUUUCCUUCAGAUAAACCAAUAUUUAAAAAUUUAAUCGAUCUGAAUGUUAAUGAAUCACAAUUGCCAAAAGUUAUAACAAGAAGUAAGGAUCCUCCACCGAGACCAAAAGAUCUUCAACCUAAAUUGUCUGAUUUUUUUACACCUCAAUACGGUGAAGAAUAUGUAGAAGCUAUUAAAGUGAAACCACGAGUACCAGAAAUUGAAGAUAAAUGGGAUGCUUUUAGAAUAAGUGAUUUAAUUUUCAGUUGGAAGUCAAAGCUUGAUCAAGAUAACUUUGAUUGAUUUAACUCAUGAAUAAUUAAUUGUAAAAUUUAUUUAUAGAUAC